AUGUUGAGAGCUGCUAGAUUAUCUGCCAAGACUGUGGCAACCGCGCGGUCCCUCACCUUCAAGACCUUCGGGCUUAGACUCCAAUCAUCCAUUCCGUCAAAGCCAAAGGAACACUUCACGCGCUUGACCGAGGAGAACGACCCCCAGCGCGACGCCUUCUUCCGCUACACAUGGGGCUCGUGGUUGCAGGACGACAAAGCGCAGAAGCAGAAGCGUGUAACCCGUUUCUCCAUUGAGGGCACCACUGCUGUCGUCAACGGCCUCUACAGCGCCGCCACUACUGGCGCCAAGGUGCUCCCGCCAUUGAAGAACCUUGACAACUCCGUCACCUUGACCCACAACUUAACCGAAGCCUUGAUUGGCACCAAGUCCGAUGCCGGGAUGCAGGUCCAGUCUAUGGCCUCGGUCCACGAGGGCAAACACCACCGCAUCUACAAGGUCACUGCCAGCAACGGGCGUGACUUUGUGUUGAGAAUCCCGUACCCAUUGGACACAGACUUUGCUACCGCCAUGAAGAUCAAGUCUGAGGUUGCCACCUUGGACUUUCUCGACCUCAAGCUCGGGCUCAACGUGCCAAAGGUGUUCUCCUACGGUGCCGAUGCCUCCAACCCAUUGCAGACCCCGUACAUCUUGAUGGAAUACCUUCCAGGUGACUUGUUGAUGAAACAAUGGGCGCCAUUAGUGAGCGAUGCGGAUGCCGGCGAGGGCAAGGAGAUCUUGAAGAAGGUGGUCGAUCCGUUGUCUGAGUUCCAGGCCAAGCUUUUGUCCGUAGACUUCUCCAAGUUCGGUUCCUUGUAUUUUAAGGAUGAUGUCAGUGUUGACUUGCAGAAGGAUGCUGCCUACGAAGGCGAAACCGACACGGCCUUGGCCGACAGAUGGAAGGUCGGGCCUACCGUCGAAAGAGCCUACUCGAAAGACCGGGGCCACAUGACGAGUUCGCAGUUGGAGGGCUUGCUCGGCCCAUGGGACAAGAGUAAGCCGUUAGAGCUCGUCAAGUCGGUUUCUGAUCUUGAGUUGGAGUCCUUGAGAACCAGAAUCGGGCUCUCCAACGCCGAUUCUGCCAACAAGGUCGAGGACACCGAAAGAUUGGCCAGAAUGGUCGAUACCUACACCAAGCUCGGGGCCAUGGCACCGCAGUUGUUCAACACUGCUUCGCCGGCUAUUCCAAACGUCCAGGACUUGUUCAAGCCGCGCUUUUCCCACCCAGACCUCGACCCAAUGAACGUGAUUAUGAAGCCUACCGGCGAGACCACUACCCCGUACUUUGUCGAUUUUGAAAAUGUCUCCAUCAAGCCAUUCAUCUUGCAGAACAAUCCACAGUUUAUCAUCUACGAGGGUCCAAAGAUCUACGACUUGGAGGCUGACGUCGAAAACUACGCCCAGUUGGACGAGGCCGAACAGCAGCAGUACGACUUCAUGUACCACCGCACCAGAAACCAACACUUGUGGGAGGCCGGUUUGAAUGAGCGUGCCAAACACUUGAUCAGCUCGGUCGCGCCGCCGGUCAAGUUAUUGAGGUCGCCAUACGUCCAGGCGGUCGAUAGAAAGGGUGACCAAGAGUACUUGUACGUGGAGGCCGCGAUGAUCCAGUUGGAGCAGAUCUGGGACAUGUACGCGCAGAACAAGUUGGUAAACAGCGAUGAGUUCCCAGUCAAGUUUUCUUCGGAGGAGGUUGAGGCUCAUGCUGCCGCGUUACAGGCAUUCCAGGAGGAGAUUGUUGGCACUCCGUUUGCGGCCACCAAGGGCUGGGUUCCACAGGACAUGUUUGACAGAUUGAGAGAACAGGGAAUUAUUGUCGAGGAUGGUGAGAAUUUCAAGUUGGAUGUGGAUAAGGCGUUGGAGGAGGAUUCUCAGGAGUAA